AUGGUCCUGUUCAAUGCUUGGACAAUUGGAAGAGACCCCUCAAUGUGGGAUGAACCAGAGGAGUUUAAACCAGAGAGGUUUUUGAACUCUUCUGUAGAUUUCAAAGGGCAUGACUUCCAAUUAAUCCCAUUUGGAGCUGGAAGAAGGGGCUGUCCAGGAUCCUUGUUUGCCAUGAUCGCUAAUGAGAUUGUGUUAGCAAAUCUUGUGCACAAGUUUGACUGGACAUUGCCUGGUGGAGCAAGAGCUGAGGAUAUAAUCAUGACAGAAUCCUUGUCCCAACGCCAUGGCCCUCUCAUGCUUCUCCACUUUGGAAGUGUCCCGGUGCUUGUUGUCUCUUCAGCUGAGGCAGCCCGGGAGAUCUUGAAAACUCAUGACCACGCGUUUUCUGAUCGACCCAAGUCCACCAUCAUUAAGAAGCUUCUCUACGACUACAAAGAUGUCGCAAGCGCGCCAUAUGGUGAGUAUUGGAGGCAGGUGAGAAGUAUAUGUGUUUUAAAUCUUUUGAGCAACAGAAGGGUUCGGUCUUUUCGUUCUGUGAGGGAAGAGGAAACCAAAUCCAUGAUCAGAAACAUAAAGGACUCAUCAUCAUCUGUUUUGAAUCUAAGCGAAAUGUUUGUGAGGCUUACUAAUGAUGUAGUAUGUAGAGUGGCUCUAGGGAGGAAGUACAGUGAAGGAGAAGGCGGGGAAAGUGGGAGGAUGUUUAAGGAGAUUUUAGGGGAGUUCACUGACUUACUGGGAAUUGUUAAUAUUGGGGACUAUGUCCCAUGGCUUUCUUGGUUGAGCCAUGUCAAUGGUUUGGGAGCCAAGUUAGACAAGGUGGCUAAGCAGUUGGAUGACUUUAUAGAUACAGUGGUUCAAGAGCAUAUGAACCACAGUUCAAGGAGUGGAGAUGAUGACCAAAAGGAUUUUUUGGACAUUUUGCUUGCAAUUCAGAAAGAAAACUCGGCUGGCAUUCCUAUUGAUAGAGUUAGCGUAAAGGGUAUCAUCUUGAUAUAG